AUAAUAGGCCGUCCAUUGAAAUAAUACGCAACGAAUUGAAUGAUACGUUACGCGACUUCGCUGUACAGACCAUAGACUUCGCGUUCAAUGUCUGUUCACACAGUCUGUACACGUGUGUCACCUAUAAAACGGUCGGUGCUCUCAAUCAGCAAUAUGUGGCUCAUCAUAGAGGGGAACCAGGCUUUGAUACCGAUGCCACUCAGGGAUGGCAGUGUAUAGUCAGCAGUAAUACGGCUUUGGAUCAGUUGGUGGUAGGCAUCGACUACCAGACCGGGUCCCUACUGGACGUUAUUUAUGCGCACAGACAUCGUGUGGUCAUAUUUAAGUGGCAACAAGUUUUAAAGCAUCAGACAACGGAGUGGGAUGUCAUAAAAGGGGCCCGUAAGGCACUGGAGUUAAACAAAACUGUAAUUUUGGACCAAAACCUUGUGUUUCCCAUAAAUAACGUCCGGAAAGCUAAACGCGUGGACACUAUCGGCGCAAUGGCCAUGAAGGACAUACGCCGGGCAGUGAUGACCCAGACCAAAUACUGGUCCAUUUGUCAAAAGCUAACCCAUGGUGGUGACAUACCCGGCCAAAUUUGGUGGGACGAGUGUGUAGCCGGUGCUGAGAAAU